UCCUUUCAUUACCACUGUUUGUCCUCUUUCCCCCAUAUUCAUUCCAUGGGAGUUCUCUUCUCGUGAGCCCAUAAAAGCUUUGCAUGACCCCGUCAUUACCUCAGCAAUAAAGAACGGCCUCUGAUGCAGCGUAAGCAGCGGCGCUGUGCAGAGUCCAACAGCUCCACUGCUUCAUUCAGUGGGCGAUGACGCUGGCGUUCGGCGGCCGUUGUUCCGGGACGAUGCCCUCAGGGAAGACAGUGAAGCUGGUCCUGUACGAGCUGCUGCAGUUUGCGGCGCUGGUCGUCCCAGUGUUCGUGACGACGGAGAGGUUUGCGAGGCUCGUGGGCGCCCUGAAGGGGGGCGACGCCACGGCCUACUGGCUGGUGGUGGCCGUGUGUGUGGCCUACGUGACGUCUACCACGCUGCUGGUGUGGCUCCCGCUGAAGUACCUGAUCCUGAAGAAGAGAAGGUUCCUCCGAGAGGUGUCGCAGUGGAGGCCGGCGGCGCUGGCGUACCUCAUCCUCUGCACGUUGCCGUGCUUCGCCAUCUUAAUCACCAGCUCCAAGAUCCAGGUGGACGGAGGCCACCGGUUGGAUCAUUUCACUGAGCUGCCCGUUUCCUUGGUUCUCUUCUCGCUCAUCUGUGUGGAUGUUGUUGAGCGGAUCCGACUCUGCAACCUCACGGGGAAGUCCGACAGCCCGGACCCUGACUUUGACAUGCCGGGCCCGGUUCUCACGCGCCUGGAACUGGUGACCACAGUCUCGGCCCAGCUGCACCCCGGCGACAGCCAGAACGGGCCGGGCCCGAGCCCCCCGGAGGCCCGGAACGGCGGCGCCCCGGGCCGGUGGGCCGACCUGGCCGGGUCGCCCGGGCUCAGCUCGCGGGCCUCCAGCACCGCCUACCUGCACUCCUCACAGCCACAGACCCACUGCGGCCGCCUGGGUUUCCUGUGGAGGAGCGACGCGAGGGCCGCGGCGUUUGUGGACAGCUUCCUGUUCUGGUUGGACACGGUGGAGAUGCUGAGGGUGGCGGGGGAGCCGGCCGUCUUCUACUCAGCCUGGGUGUUCCCUGUUUACAUCCUGGCCUUCGUGUCGGCGCUGCGCGUGGUGCUGGCUCCUCACAGCCCCCUGCUGGCGUCUGCUGGAGUCGCGCUGCAGGACCUCCCCUUCCUCGCGCUCCGGGUCGCUCUGCUCGGCGCCUUUGGCUUCGUGACCCCCGUGUUGUACCCGCUGAAAAACGUGCUGGUGAGCCUGACUUUUCUCUACUUCACGCUGGUGACCAGGCUGCGGAUGUGCAGGAGGAACGCCAUGUUCUGAGAAGCAGCGGCACAUUGUGUUGCUGCUGAUGGAUGAACAGGUGGAGCGUUUGUGUGUAGGGAGCAGUGGAAGCUGAGAAACCUGCUGCUGCUGCUUCUGACCACGAGCAUCAUGUUCAGAAAGUGUCAAGAUGAUUCUGGAUGCCAUAACUUGACUCUUCUUAUUUUCAAAUGUAUUUAUUGAUACUUUAGUUUAUGUUUAACCGCUUCUGUACAUUUUUAUUAUUUGAUUUGUUCUACAGAGUAAUGGAAAAAAACAGCUUUUAUAUAUAGGACGUUA